AGGAGGAAGGACCGUAACUCAUGUACAAGAGGUGUCUCCUGGCACAAUAAUUAAGCUAUGAUUUUAAUUUUCUUGGUAACUUUGCUUCCCGUGACACAUCCUGUCUUGGGAUUCCUUGUAAACACGACUUCUUCCUUGUCGUUUGGUGUUGAGGCGCUGUACACAGUGCUGCGAGGUCCCCUAGCAGAUUGGGGCGUCGUCCUGUACCGGGACCCUGAUCUGGAAGUCAAGGUCCUAGACCAGCUACUGGCCCUCCCAGCCCUCCAGGACUCCCCUCGUGUCCUGGUUGACCUGGGCUCCGACGGGGAUCUGUGGUCCAAGGACCAGCCUGCCCCGGUGCUCCGUGGAGCCCGUGUCAUCCAUAUUGUUGUGUUUAAGGAAGAUCCCCGACCAUUUUUCGAGGCCAUCUCUCUCCAGUGGAAUCCCAAAUAUCUUAUGCUCUUUAGUCUAGCUGAUGAAUCAGUCCAGACUCUACUGAUGGAUAAUGUCUUUAAAGGCAUAGAAAGACUAGUCCUCUUUGAGAACCCGACGCCUUUAUUCCAGAAAAGACGUGCGAAGGCAAGACUAUACACGUCUUUACCCUUCUCUAAGGUGCAGCCAGUGAUUGCCCUAGGAGACUGGAACCCAACGACCUUCCGUAACUCUGAGGAUAUUUUUGUAGAUCGGUACCAGUCAUUCGAAGGUUAUGAAUUCCUGCUGGGAACAUGGUUAGACGAUAGACCAUAUCUGUAUCAGUCGGCAACAAAGGCUAAGGGAGUUGGAGAUGGUGUUGUGGCAGAGAUGCUGGACGCCAUGGCUGGUGUGCUGGACUACAGGUAUAACGUCACAACAGUAUCUCCUGAUGAACAGUGGGGGUCAUAUGAGAACGGCUCCUGGAACGGCAUGCUGGGAAUGGUUCACCGAGGGGAGAAAAACUUUACUGUGAACUAUUUCGUUAUCACCGAAGAACGACUGGAGGCCUUCGACGCCAGCGUGUCGUACAGGAUGGAAGGGUUUGGCCUAGCCAUGAUGAUCCCGGCGCCGCUGGCCAAGUGGCGCGCCACGUACUACCCCUUCAUGCCCUCCGUCUGGUUCUGUGUCGGUGGCACUUUUGCGAUAGUCGUCGUCAUCAUGACCCUACAGGACUUGCUACAGCCGGAGCCGUUUCUGGGCGGGCUGGGACAGACAUGGCCCUACCUGCUGAGAGCGGUAGUGAACCACAGCCUACCUGUGCUGCCGACGGCUCAGUGGCAGCGUGUGUUGGUGGGGGUCUGGUGGGUCUACUGCUUCAUCCUCACCACCGCCUACACCGCCAACCUCAUCGCCUUCCUCACCAUCCCUGUGUUUCCCAAGCGCAUCCAGACAUUAGAAGAGCUGGCCCAGAGUGACUACAGGGUGUCCAUGUGUGACUACGGGGAAUUCGUGCCGGGGGCUCUGAAGACAUCGGAAAACAGGGUGUACCGGGCUCUCGGGGAUAAACUGGACCUCUUCAAGGAGUACGAAGAAAUCAUCCCAUUGAUGAGGAGAGGCACUCACGCCUUCAUCGAGAGUUACUCCUACGGGAGGCUGCUUCUCUACGCUGACUUUGAGAUUUUAUACUCAUACAUGUUGAAGGACCAGCUGUAUCCUGGUCACCUGUGUUGGUACUUCCAGAAGAACACCGCCUGGAAGUACAAGUUCGACCAAGGCAUCCAGCGUCUGGUGGAGGCUGGACUCAUCUCUCGUUGGUUAAAGAUAAAGAUGGAGGACUUCCUUGGUCAGGACUACGAGCGUCGGGAGCGUCUGGCUGCCAAGGAACAGCUCGACAACAAGCAGCCACUGAGCCUCCAACACCUACAGGGAGUCUUCUUCAUCCUCCUCCUCAGCUGGGCAGCCAGUGUUGUUGUCUUCACCAUAGAGCUGGUGCUGCUGCAAGUGCUGCAGUGAUCAUCCUGAAGUUGCCGACGCAGUGUUUCUAAGUUCAUCAUAUAGUUACUGCUUCACAAGUCAGUAUAUAUUGAACAGUGAACACAUUUUAGUAGCCUCAGUGUUAUCCUGCGUCGCCUAAUCCGCCAGGUUGCUCCUCCAAACACAAGUUCUCAUGACGUUUCAUCAACUAUUGGACUCACGGUAUACGUUAACAUUGUAUAUCUCUAUAUACUUCAUAAUUAUCACAUAUUACGAAUUAUUCUUUCCUACUGUUAGAUGGUUUUACCUUUUUUUUUGUAUAAUGUGAUCAGUUUAUUUGCAUCGUUGUAAAAAUCAUCUUAUUAGGUGAUGUAACACUUUCCAUACUGUAUAACAUAUGGAACAAAUCAUGUUUACUACACGUCUUUACAGUUGAGACAAUACAGUAGUAAGCUUCAUAUAAUUAUUGUAGCUUUGUGUUGAAAUAUUGUAAUUUAAUAACACACAGUAGGUGUAGAGAGAGUAUCGAGUGUAAACAGUGGAAGAAUAACCCAAUAAAAACAC